GAGGAGGAGGAGGAGGAGGAGGAGGAGGAGGAGGAGGGGCCAGUCUGCGACGGAGCCCACGCCCAGCGGCGCAGCCCGGCGUCUGCUCGGCCCCGGCGGCCGAGCGCGCAGUGCCUCGUCGGGGUGUGGAGCACAGCCUGCCGGAAAUGCGCGGCGACAGAGGAAGCCCCUGAACGCAGCAGCUCCUUCAACGGCUGCGGGAAGUCACCGCGCAGCGCGAGGAGCGAAGAAACCCAGGAUACCCUGACGAAAAGCUCAUGGUUCCUUGAUGCGCGCCCCCACUGUACUGGAGGUGGCCAAGAGGGAUCAGAGGCGGCCCCAGCCUUUCAGGAGACCUAGCCAUGGACCCCACGUUCCCGACGCGGGCUCGGUGCCCAGCAAUGAAUUGGCAACGCACGGCCGGUGUCCAACCCAGCAGCGCAAGGGCCGGUGUCCAACCAUGCAACGCAAGGCGCGAUUUCCGUGACGAUGUCGUCACGGAAACCGCGCCUCCAGCAACGCAAGAUAGGUGGCCAGCUCAGCAGUGCACUGACGGCAUCACGCGAUCGGGGUCCCGAGUCCGCGCACUCAGCGUCACGAAAUCGGUGACCACUAUCACGGCGUCGAAACCCAGCAGCGGACAGACGGCGCCACAGAACUAGUUCUCCGAAUCGAAUGUCUUACCGUUGCCGCGCAACAGAAGCGUGCAACCGCUGGCAGGUAGCUCCUCUACCAACUGUAAGCAGCCGCGCUGGAACACAUUCUCUAGGUGCAAGGAACUAUGCGCUCCCUCCCC